UGACGUCAGAAAGGUCGUGGGUGAGAGGUGAUCGGGACACAUCUUGUUGUCUUUGUAAGAGUGGAGCUCGAUCACGCCGCCGUGUCUUCCCUCUUCCCCGAAUCCUCUCAAAACUCCCUCCCGAACCUCCCCCUCUCUCCCUCCGGACCCUCGGACUCUCCCCCUCCCGGAGCGCGCGUCAGGUUAAUCAUCCGUGACCAAAGAUCCAGAUCUCUGCAGGCUGAUCAUCAUGGACUCUGGAGUGAUUGAAGGAGGGCUGAACGUCACGCUGACCAUCCGGCUGCUCAUGCACGGCAAAGAAGUGGGCAGCAUUAUUGGGAAGAAAGGUGAAUCUGUGAAGAAGAUGCGGGAGGAGAGUGGUGCACGGAUCAACAUCUCAGAAGGGAACUGCCCUGAACGCAUCAUCACGCUGGCAGGCCCCACCACCGCCAUCUUCAAGGCCUUCUCCAUGAUCAUCGAGAAGCUGGAGGAGGACAUCAGCAGCUCCAUGUCCAACAGCACGGCCACCUCCAAGCCGCCAGUGACGCUGCGGAUCGUGGUUCCGGCCAGCCAGUGCGGCUCGCUCAUCGGCAAAGGAGGAUGCAAGAUCAAGGAGAUCAGGGAGUCGACAGGAGCUCAGGUACAGGUGGCAGGAGACAUGCUGCCCAACUCCACUGAGAGAGCCAUCACUAUCGCCGGGACCCCGCUGUCCAUCAUCGAGUGUGUCAAACAGAUCUGUGUGGUCAUGCUGGAGUCUCCUCCUAAAGGUGUGACCAUCCCUUACCGACCCAAACCCUCAGGAUCGCCUGUCAUUUUUGCAGGAGGACAGGCAUACGCGGUGCAGGGACAACAUGCCAUUCCUCAGCCUGAUCUCACGAAGCUCCACCAGUUGGCGAUGCAGCAGAGCCCGUUUCCUCUGGCCCCCAGUAGCCAAGGGUUCACAGCUGGGAUGGACGCCUCUGCACAGACAGGCUCUCAUGAACUGACCAUUCCUAAUGAUUUGAUUGGCUGCAUCAUCGGCCGUCAAGGUGCCAAGAUUAACGAGAUCCGUCAGAUGUCGGGCGCUCAGAUCAAGAUCGCAAACCCAGUGGAGGGAUCGAGCGACCGGCAGGUCACCAUCACCGGCUCACCUGCCAGCAUCAGCCUGGCCGAAUACCUGAUCAACGCACGACUGUCAUCUGAGGCGACAGGAAUGGCGGCUAACUGAAGCCGUGUCCGUCUCUUCUCCUCCUCCAUCACAUUUACGCUCUCUAAAGUGCAACAGGAAACCAAGUAUUUUCCACCUGUCUGUUCCUUUCACCCCAGCUAGGCUUCAUGGAUAUACACGACUCUUUUAUUUAUUUAUUUGAUGCAGAUGUUUUUAAUCUCCCUUUUGCGUACAGUUUUUAAUGUCUUUUUCUUUGCGUAUUCUCUGCUCAGUUCACAUCAGCGUGCGGAAGGUGGAAAAAUCUGAAAAAGGCAUAACUACAGCGUUUUUGUUAUCAGAUUUUUCUUAUAAAAACCAGAAAAUCUAAAAAAGAGAGCAACUGCAGAAGCUAGAGCGAGCGCUUCUCCCUCGAUCAGAUAUUUAUUUAUUCUUUUAAUUUAACUCUAGGAGGUUUGAGCUGUCCUAGACCUGAGCUGUGGUCUGAUGAAGCUCUGUUUUCUGAAGAUUUGUCAUUCCUCAAGAUUUCUUUUCAUUUUCUCUAUCCUGAAGUUGGAGGGAGGGUCGGGAGAUGCUGCAGUUUCUGAUGUUACUGCUAUAAUAAUAAUAAUAAUGAUGAUGAUGAGUUGAAAAUGUUUCUUUUAGAGAGAGUAUUUUUUUUAAUCUGUAGAGCCCAGACUGGAGGAUUCCCAAUCGACCACGUUUAUAUGAUGAUGAUGAUGAUGAUGAUGCGACUGAGUUACUGAUCAAUGACAUGACUAGAAGGAACUUUCUAGAAUUAACACUAGUUUCCUCUCGACUCUGCUUGAGUUAUAGUUAUGUUUUCUAUUUUAUUUCUAUUUUAUUUUUCUUGCAGGAGGAAGGAUUUAAAAAACAAAGCAACCUAAACCCCUUUUUGUGCACGUUUUCAGAAUAUUGUAGAUUUGGAGUGCAGCUGGAAUGAAGAAUUAAACAUGCAAAAUUAAACAUGAAAUGCUCAAACUA